CCACCCCUUAUGUGACAGGUGGGGAAAUGGAACCAGAGGGCUGCCCAGCAUGGGAGGGCGGGGGCCGCGGUCUGGCCUGCUGCCUCUGAAUCUCCACUUGGCUGCUUUGGAGCUGGGUGACCUGGGGCCUGUGGCAUAACCUCUCGGUGCAUCAAUUUCCUCCUCCGUAAAACAAGGACAGUGAUCCCAGUUCCUACUCUAGGGCUGUGCUGUCCUCUGAGUGAUGUGCCAGCUCAUGCCCCCCGCUGUCUACUGAGGUGACACCGCGGGCCGUGGGGAGGGCCCCACAUGUUCAUGCUGCUGGUGCACAAGUGGGUGGAUCCUGAUUUCUCUAUUAAAACCAGUGCCUGGGGCAGCUUGUGUGGGUGUCUCAGUGCACGAGGACCCGAGGAUUUCUGUGCAUGGACUCCUUGAAGCAGAGUUGCUGGCUCAAGGGUAUGUGAAGGUCACUACCCUCGGAAAGCCCUCGAGUUGUCAGGUGAGCUCCUGAGCUCGGGCUGCGUUGGCCCGUGAUCCCCACACCGUGCAGAGCGGGAGAACAAAGCCUCUCGGUUCUUGGAGACGUCGCCAUGUCGCCUCUUCUGAAAUUACCUGAACCCAGGAGGAACCCCGGGAGCACAGAACGUCCCAGAAACAGCCUGGCGUUGGUGCCAACAGGAUACGAGGGCAGGUGCUUCAGGGUCAGCCCGCACGGGGAAGAUUUUCCGUAAUUCUCUUGGGUGCGAUUCUUCUUGGAAGGGAGGGGGUGUUGCAAUCAAGAGGGAGCAAUUGCAUGCCGGGCCCUGGUGAAAAGGCUGUGGUCCUUUCCUGCCUUUGCUUCUGCCGAAUGUCCAGGGUGCUCGGAAAUGUGGAGAAGUCCCAAAAAGUUUAAGUCAAAACAAACAAAUGAAAAGUCGAACUCGAUCCAGCGAACUUCCCUGAAUCCUUUGUGUUUUAUUGGCUGUUUUAACCACCCUCUUGCCCUCUUGUUUUUUUUUUUUUAAGUAAAUAAGCCAAACUGGCUUGGACAUUAAACAAUGGAGUUAAAUUUAUUGCUGAAUGUUAUGUUGUGCCACGAUCAGCAUUUGUUCAGCUAAGCAAAGACCUGGCCUAGAAACUCCUGCGCCCUUUGCGCCAGAUUCCGGGUGAGGACGGGAGCUUCUGGGGGCUUCACUAGUGAUUGGCUGUCUCCUGGGCUCCCGUGGAACCUUCUCAGUUGGUGGUGGACGGGCCGUCCUGAGGGCUCCCAGACAGAAGGGGGCCUCUGGUCUGCCCCUGGAGGGAUGGAUGGAUGAAGACAGACUCCCUCCCGCAUGCUUGGGAGCCCACGCAGGCUACACACACUGGAAGGGUCAGGUGCUGAACUCAGAUGAACUCCAUGAGCUGUACGAAGGUCUGAAGCUGAACAACGUGAACAAAUAUGAUUAUGUGCUCACAGGUUACACGAGGGACAAGUCCUUCCUGGCCAUGGUGGUGGACAUCGUGCGGGAGCUGAAGCAGCAGAACCCCAGGCUCGUGUACGUGUGUGAUCCGGUGAUGGGUGACAAGUGGAACGGCGAGGGCUCCAUGUACGUUCCAGAGGACCUCCUUCCAGUUUACAAAGAAAAGGUUGUGCCGGUUGCAGACAUUAUAACCCCCAACCAGUUUGAGGCUGAAUUGCUAAGCGGCAGAAAGAUCCACAGCCAGGAAGAGGCGUUAGCGGUGAUGGACGUGCUGCACUCGAUGGGCCCCGACACGGUGGUCAUCACCAGCUCCGACCUGCCCUCCCCAAGGGGCAACGACUACCUGAUUGCACUGGGGAGCCAGAGGAUGCGGAGCCCCGAUGGCUCCGUGGUGACGGAGCGCAUCCGCAUGGAGAUGCGCAGGGUGGACGCGGUCUUCGUGGGCACCGGGGACCUCUUUGCCGCCAUGCUCCUGGCGUGGACGCACAAGCACCCCAAUAAUCUCAAGGUGGCCUGUGAGAAGACCGUGUCAGCCAUGCAUCACGUUCUGCAGAGGACCAUCAAAUGUGCAAAAGCCCAGGCUGGGAAAGGACUGAAGCCCAACCCGGCCCAGCUGGAGCUGAGGAUGGUCCAGAGCAAAAAGGACAUCGAGAACCCGGAGAUCGUCGUCCAGGCCACGGUGCUGUGAGGCCGCGUGCACCACCUCCCGACGCACAGCGUGUUGGUGUCUCCAUUUUCAUUCCUGUGAAAAGUGUAACGUCUGCCUUAGAGCUGUGACCGAAACUUGAGAUUUUUUUUCUUUCAUGAGUGUCCAGCAUCCACUGGUCUUAAUUGUGAAAACGUGCCAGUUGUGCUUUUUAAAAAUAACAAAGCGAUCACAGAAAUUUCUAAUUUGGAAACAGCUCCCCUCCCCCCGAAGGCUCCUGGGCCUCCCUGGAAAACCAGCUCCGUGUUGACCGUCUCAGGGGUGUCCUCCUCGGCUGGCUCGGGGGUCUGUGGGAUCCCCGUCCCGCGUGGGCUGGGCCUGGGGAAGCCCCCGUGUCUGUGCGUCUCUGAGACCGUGCCCGGUUUUAACUGUCCGCAUCAGAAGAAUUAUGCCAAAUAUCUUUAUUGCUGUUCUGCCCUUCCUUCUUUGUUCCUGCAUCAGAAUGUUUUUAUUUCUGACUUUGCCGCCUGUUAGAUCCCUGGGGAUUUCAGAUGUUCCGCUUUCGUUCUGCCGUAUGGACAGGUUAAUGCCAGCGGGCUCAGACACACACAGACCCUGCACUGUCACUUUGGUGGGGACCUUUCCAGGACCCCGAAAACUCAAGUGGGUCCGUAAAUCUCACGUGUAUCAGCGGGACCACCUUGUAACUCACUGGGGGACGUGGCAGAGAUAAAGAAAAGUCUGGUGCUGGGGGUGAUGACUGGGUCCUUGUGAAAACUCGCCUAGUUUAUGGUACAACAAGUUAAGCCCUGUGUUUGCCACCUGCUGCUGGUGACAAAUGCAUUGUGCCAUGGUGUUAGUGUACAGACAGAUACAGAGGGCUCCUGCCCCCCACUGUCGGCAUAUUUCACCCCACCGGCCAGUUACCUCGUAGCCCCCCUUCUGCGUUCUGUGCCGGCCAGAGGCCAGGAAGCGAGAGGCUUGCAGAAGCCGGCUCUCGUCCCUCCCCAAAGCUGAGAGGGGAGGGGGCAGAGCUUCAGAGGAGCAGCUCUCCGUGCCUCGAGCGAAGGCCACACCUAGGCCGUGACUCUAGUCCAGUUGUCCACUGCCGGGUGCCCCUCCUGAAGACUCAGCGUAUCUUGAUCUCAGCAGCCCCCCGUCUUGGUCUGGGGGUGCAGAGGUUUGCAUCUCCCGGGAACCUACAGCCUGGAGAGAAGUGGGGAGAUGGCAGAAUGUGGGGGGCCUGGAUGUGGGCCCCUGGGAAAGCACAUUCCAAGGACAGCCCUUGUCCCCCCAUCCACAGCGCUGUCCCCCUAGGCAGGCCCUCUCCUGGAGCCCGCACCUUCUUUUGUGGCAGUUCCAGUGUCUUCCAGAGGGCCUCUCAGCUCUCCACUAGAAUUGUCCUCACUUAGUUGAGAAAGCCCUAAGGGGAAGAGACCCCGGUCUCCACCGACUUGCUGUGCGACUCCGCUCUUCUUUCUUCUCCGCUCUGCUCACGUUCUGAAUGUCUUAACUCUCAGGCAUCAGCGUGCCCCGGCGGCCCGCGCACAGGGUCAGUGGGUCUCGGCUCGCCAUGGCGGCCAGCGGGUCAGGGCAUGUGUGUCCCUGUCGUGUCUCCUGGUUCCGAGGACCAGGCUCCUCUGUGCCUCGGGGCGCAGCCCACUGGGCCUGGAGAAGGAGGAAGGCUGUGGCUGGCGGCCUGGGGGGGGCAGCCUCCCCAACACGGUGAGCGGGGGCAGCCACAGUCACUCAGGGCCCUGGGCCUCCGUGGCGCCUUCCACAGAAGAUCCUGUCACUGCCGAGUAGAGCUGGGGAGACGGCCACAUCGCCAGCCAGUGGGAAAAGCUGCUUUUCUUUCUUUUUUACUAUCAAGAGCAAGUGUAAGACUAGAGAAAGAACCUGAAUGUAUCCCUCUUCAGCGCAGUGGUGCAAAGCCGCCCUGCAAACCCGGUCCUGGUCGUGGGGCUUAUUCUGCGUGUACAGUGCCCUUGAAGGAGGCGCACCCUGCACACACGAUUUGCUCCUGGGUCCUUUAGGUCUUAUUCUGGAGGCUUAGCCCCCGACACAAGCUCUCAUUCAUUCCCUCCCUUUAUUAGACAUAGAGUGAUGAGACUGUUCCCCCUGUUGAGCUUUCUGUAAAAUCAUGGAUUCUGGCGAGCCCCAGACCUUCUCCUGUCUCCUUUGGCUGUAAGGCCCGGACCACAAGGAGAACUUGAGGCUUGAGCCCUCCGUACCGAGCAGGAAGCACUGGGAGCUCCUGAGAGCCUUUGCAGGGUGGAGGCUCACGUAGAAAUAACAGCUUCCAUGGAAAACUGUAUCCAAAGCGUACCUUUCCUCGUGCUGUUGCCAACCUUGUGCUGUCUUAGGUCCUUUCUGCGUGGACAUCUUCCGUCUGUGACAGCAGAGGCUCUGGAUGGUCUGUGUGUGGAGUUUCCCAUCCAGAAGUUACCCAGGGUCCAUUGGCUUGGCUCUUGAUACAGGUUGGGUCCAAAUUAGAAUUCGUCUUUGUUCUUCCUUUCCCAUGGUUCAGUAACAUGCAAAGUAAUAUUUGUUUCGAGAUGAGAGAUGUCUUGGCCUUGAAUCGCCUGCUGAUGAUCAGACUAUAGAUUUUUAGUACUUUCCAGUUUUUCAAACCUUCUCCUGUAGACCUUAAAGUGGAGUUAUGAGAUAUGAAUCCUUUUCUUUUAACCAGUCUUGAAUCGUUGCCUCGCCUGCUGAGGCCGUCCUGUUCGUCUGUGUUCUUUCGCAAUACAUGUCAGUGAUGGUCAAAAGGAAGCCUUGUUGUUUGUUCUUAAACGUGUUGCAACUGAUUUGCAGCACGUUGGUUCGUGCCCCAGUGGACCGAGCCCGGCUUGGCGUGACUGUGCUGAGUCAGUGGAGGGUGUGUUCAAUGUCAACAGCGUGCAGCCUACACCGUGACACCUGAGUCCUGGUGUAACAGUCACCUCCCCACUGACGUCAUCCACGGCGAGAAAAGAAACUGUGCAUUGGAGCCUCAGGCCCCUGUGGAGAUAAAGCAGAGGGUGAGUCCUCUGAUCCCAGAGGAGCCAGGCGGGUGGGGCCUGGGAUGACUGGCUACCCUGAGUACACCCUGACCCACAAUCCAUCUCAUGGCUUAAACCUCAUUUCGCUCCUCACCUGAAAUGUACGAAAGAGGAGGUGAGAGUGUUCUGGCCGCUGGACCUCCAUGGCACGCACACCCUCUCCUUGUCCUCUUGCCCUUUGAUGGGACCAGCUGCCUGGGGUGUCCGGGACCAUCUCGAUGUGCAUCUGAGGCGCCCCGUGACCACAUAACUGCAUUCUGGUGCCAGAACAGCUAGGAAUCCGUGUCCUCCUCCUCUGCCGCCCGCUUGUCCCUCGGGCCUUCUUCACGUGCGUCUCCCGUGGGCUGGGGUCCACUCAGCCCCUGCCUGGGCCGAAGGAAGGGAGUGGCGUUUGUGAGCGAGCAGAAUGGCUUCUGUGCAGACGGGGAUGCUGUGAGGGUAGUCUUGGCUUUCUGAGUCUGGGUGGGAGCCACAUGGCCCCCCACACUCAGUGCUGCCUGUCAGAGGGGCACGGCUGCUGAGCCCACCUGUUUUCGUUCCAGGCCACCUCCCAUGCCAGGCUGCAGGGGCCUUCCCUUCUCAUCACUUCUUGUGGCUCUUUGCAUUAAGACUUCCCUGGAGAGCUGUCUCCUGUGUCCUUGGAGAGGGCACUCAGAAGGACCCCAUCCCUGGGGAGGGCAGCUCUGGGAGGCCAGGUCCACUACCCUAAGCCUGGGAAGACUUGAACGUGGGCCCAGUUGGUCUGGAUGGACGUCAUUCCUCCAGGAGACCCCUCCUAUUCUCUCCAUUUCUGCCCUCGGGCACUGGUCAGGCAGGUCUCUCAAAGUACAGUGAUCGAGCACCCACACACACGGCCUCGCUGUGUGCAGAGCUGGCGUGCACAUCUCUGUGCUGUGGUCGCUUUGUGACAGGUAACAGGUGCAGAAUCAGGUGGCUGGAGGUUCUUCUGCAGCCUCUGCCAGUAGGGGGACAGUGAGGGCAAAGAAGGAAGGGCAGUGGUGGGCAGGAGGCCCCGGCCCCCACCCUGGCGGGUUGCAAACAUCAGCCGCCUUUCUAGGAGGCCCUUCUUCAGUGUAUUAGUUUUCUCUUCCUGGUGAUGGAACCAGGCUUUUCGGUCUGUAUCGUGCUGCACAGGGAGUGGGGGCCCUGCACAUGUCCGGCAGAGUUCCAGAGGCUCGUCCUGACAUCACCGCUGGCUGGAAGGCUCCACUGGACGCGUGGCCACUCAGCCAGGCCUCACAGUUCCUAAUGUCGUGGGCUUUUCGUCGUGCGUGCAUCUUCCUGUGGGCUUCUGCAGUUUAUUCUCAGUGUGAAAUGGUUUCUGUUCUCAAAGUGCGGAGACAUUGAUUAAAAACAGUGUCUUACACACCACAUUCCUGCCUUUCGUUAGUGAUCUGUGCUCACAAACAACAGUGUGGUCAUUUGUUUAGGACAGAAUUUAAUGAGAAACUCUAGAUCUGACUUAGAGAAUAUUUUAAAACUUUACAGUAAUGGAAAUUUCUUCCUAGAAUUUUCUUUUUAAAUUCUGGCAGAAUAAACAGGUAUAAACAGAAUAAGCAGCUUUCCCAGUGUCUGAGCCAAGCAGAGCCCUGUGCUCAGAGCCAGAGGCUCUGGGCCAUCUCUGACUCCCGGCUGUGGAUGAGGCUGGGGGACCCCCAAGCCCCAGGGUGAACAAAGCCCCCCACCUAUGGCCUCCCCUCAGCACCUGGCCCUACGCCAGUAGGGGGCCAGUUCUGAUUUUCUGCAGCGGGAAGCCCAUUGUGGUAGGAGAUGCCUACAUGAGGCUGUGGGCCACUCUCCCUGGCCUGGGGCAUCGCUGUCCUGAGGGUUGGCUCUGAAGCCAGAGAGCAAGGGCCAGCCCUUCGUCCGGCAGAAUUGGGCAGACUGGAACAGACAGGAGACAGUACCACCCUGAGCCCUUGUGCUCAGGAAGCUCCCAGAGCGGCCUUGGCCCUGACGGGGAAACUGGUCCUAAUGAGUCGAGGGCCCAGCCUGCUCACCCACCGGCUCUGCAGAGCCAGCCGCCCUCCCGCAUACUGUUCUGAGCGUGGGGCUGGGUUAGCUGGUGGGAAUCCACUAGACUGAGCUGGCACAAGGAGGGUGAGUGCUGGGGGAUGGAAGCGGGGACCCGCCCCCUGGGAGCAGCCUUCUGGUGUGUCCCGAGGAGUGAGGGGGGUGGAAGCCAGCCUGCAGCAGGCCCGCAGCCCUGGCGCAUCCCCGCCAAUGCCUGGAACCACGGUCUUGACAGUGGGAGGUGUGGGUCUAAUGUUGGGGAAGUGGAAGUGAAUUCUUCAUUUCCCCCACCCAGAGACAAGAAGUAUGUGGGUGGUGUUUUGAAUGCUUUUCACUGUAUGGCUACAUAUGUUCUAACUUAGAAUUUUACUUGGAAUUUCGGCGAAGGAUGGCAGACCUGGACUGACGGGACCAAAUGCUGGGGCAGAGCCCAGCCCAUGUGGACCUGCUCCUUCCUGGAAGGGAGCACAGAUCUGGGCGGCUUCCCAGGGUGUAACGUAGUCUCAGAACAAAGCGCCUCACCCCUUGGUCCCAGCUGCAAGGGAGGGACUGUCUCUGUGGGUCUGGGUGGUGGUCUCCCAGGCCUGCGUCCUGUGCGCGUGUGGGUGCGUUUAUAACAAAACUCCCUGUCAGCGUAUAGAGGCCAUGUCUGUCUGUGCUGGUCCUGUUGACUUCUGAUUAUCCACAAAUAAAUAUUUUCAUGCGA